AUGGGAGAAGAUAACGAAGUUUUUUGUUUGACAGAUCCAGCAGGAGAAGAAGAUGAAUGUGUCUUCGUGCCGGCUUUUCUGUCUCACUACUUUCUCGAAGAAGACUGUACGUACACCCCAAACAAGCAGCAGAAGCAGCAGCAGCAGAAGCAGCAGCAGCAGCAGCAGCAGCAGCGGCCACAGCAACAGCAGCAGCAGCAUCCGGAGGGCGCGGGGACCAUUGAAGCCCUUGAAAAGUCCAAAUUGUCGAAGUUGGACUGGAGUUCAGGAUACACUCCCCCUCCAUCUUCACAACUAAAAAAGAAGCAGCAAGACCCGAAUCGCGUGGUGCGCGAGCUGCUGCUGCGGGAGCGGCAGCAGCUGCUGCAGCUGGAGGGGCUGGUGCAAGACAAGGCAAUACAGCAGCAAACUGAAGAGCUGGCGUUGGUGCUGCAGCUCUGGGACAAAGUCGAAGCAAAUGAUGCGCAGCUGCAGGAAGCAGAAAGAAGAUUGAAGGAACUCGAAGCAGCAAUAGCUGCCAACAGGGAAAAAAUAAAAGCAGGCUGCACAAACUGGGAAGAAUACACGGAGCAGCACGAAGGUCUCCAAGCAGCAGUAGCAGUAGCAGAAUCAGCAACCUCGGCAGCAGAAGAGGCACCCCAGGAGCAGCAACAGCAGCAGCAGUUGCAGCAGCAGCAGCUGCAACAGCAGCAGCAGCAACGUCCUUCGCAUUCUCUCCCCCCCGCAGCAAAUCUCCUAAUCUCUCCAGGCACGAAACAGCAAAGUGCCUUUGCCCAAGAUGGCCUUCCAGGCUGCAUGCAGGGGACCCCCCAAAACAGGGGCCCCCUGGGGGCCCCCCACGGGGGCCCCGGGGCCUCCGGAGGGCUAAGAAGAACUUCUUCCCCAAUUCUUGAUGCACUUCUCUCCGGCAAAACCCUUUGCGGCGGCUCCUCAACUAGGCUGCUGCAGCGCAUGCGGCGUUUGAAGGGAGCAGCAGAUGCAGAAGGUUUGGGGCGGGUCCCGGCAAACCUGCGGAGGCGGCUGCAGAAAGCUGCUGCUGCUGCUGCCCUCCGUGCUGCUGCUGCUGCUGCACUGGCUGUUGCUGUUGCUCCCGAUGGCCCAGCACAGCCCAACGCCAGCAGCAGGCCAAAACGCCACUCUGACGCGCUUAACGCGCAGCAGCAAGAGCCAGCAGCAGCAGCAGCAGCAGGCACUGCAGUGUCAGCAGACACAGCAGCAGCAGCACACUCAAAAGAGACCCCAAGAGACAAAGAAUGCUCAGAAACCGCAGAAGCUGGCAAUAGAAGCCCUGAAAAAGAACCAGCGACAGCACAAGGCACAGAAACAGCAGCAGCAGAAGCAGCUGCAGCAGCAGCAGCAACGGAAGCCACAAAAGCAGAUGCAGGGCCGUGGAGGAUUGUGGCCAAACGCAGGCGAAGGCAGCGGGGCUCAGAGAUCCGAAGAGUGCUGUGUGCUGCAGCACAAACGCAGCCGCAUACAGCAGCAGCAGAGGCAGCAGAGGCGCACGAGGCAGCGGCAGCAGCACGAGCAGCACAGGCGAACGAGGCAGCAGCAGCAGCACGAGCAGCAGAGGCAGCAGCAGCACGAGCAGCAGAGGCGCACGAGGCAGCAGCAGCAAGCUCAGGAGCCGCACAAGCAGCCGAAACAGCAGCAGCGAAGCAGCGCUGCUCCGAAGCCUGUGCUGUACUGGAGGCGCGUGCUGCAGCAGCAGCAGCAAAGAGCGAGAAUGAAGGAGCCUUUGUACACUCCAGCGCCGCGCUGCAAGAGCUGCAGCGAAUAGACAAAAGGCUGCAGCAGCUGGCUAGCCAGCUGGACAGAGAAGCCUCAGUGGCUAGCUGCUGCUGCUCCCAAGAUGGCCCAGCAGCAACGGGGGCACCUGAAGGGGCCGCCCCUCUGGGGGCUUCGGGAGAGAGUGACCCAAGGGGGACCCCCAGCGAGGGGGCCCCAGGGCUGGGGGGCCCCCCGGAAACGCUACAAGCUUGUGCAGGAAACAGUGAGAGUCUCUGCAGCAAUAAAGGGCCUACGGUGGCCGACAAAGUGGCUGCUGGGGGCCCCCUGGGGGCCCCACCUAGUGACUCAGGGGCCCCUGGAGGGUACUCUAAUUUAUCUGGUGAGGGAUGCCCUAGUGGGGCCCCCAAGCUCCCCACAACUGCAGCUAGGUGCAGCAGCAACACCUCGCCCCGCAGCAGCACGAGGGGCCCCCAAGGGCUCCUAAACCGGCCACGCAGCCUCAGCAGCAGGGGCCCCCAGCGGCCUCUCAGCAGCAGAAGCUUGCAGGGGCCCCUGGGGCCCCGGGGGCCCCUUGGAAGAAAAGCAAAAGCUGGAGCUGCUGCCUUGAAGCGGCACACAACUAAAGCUGAGGCUGUUUUGCUGCCAGAGGCCACAGGGAUAAGGUGCAGCGUGCAGCUGCAGCCGCAGCAGCAGCAAGAAGAGCAGCAGCAGGAACCGCAGAAAGAGCAGCAGCAUGAACCGCAGAAACAGCAGCAGCAGGCAGAGCAACCAAAAGAGAACCCGCAGCAGCAGCAAAACGCGAAGCAGCGGCCGCAACAGCAGGAGCAGCAGCCAGAGAAAAAGCAGCAGCAGCGGCAGCAGCAGCUGCGGCCGAAGCACCAAAGCCUCUGUGCAGCAGCAGCAGCAAAACGCAGAACCAGCGUUGCAUGCAUGUGGGGCCUGAAGAGAGGAAGUGUGGGGCCCCCAGCAAGGGCUAAUAGAAAUAGCGAAGCAGCACUUAAGUGUGUGGGGGCCUCUUUAAGCUUUUGUGUGCAGCCCAAAGGCCUGCAAGCUGCAAAACAGGGGCAGGCUUUGCAGAAGGGGCUCGCUGCCGAGCAGAAGCAGCAGCAGCAGCAGCAGCAGCAGCAAGCGCUGCAGCAGCAGCAGGCACCCUCGCAAGAAGAAAAGCCGCAACAAAGCAAGCAGCAGCAGCUCCAGCAGGAAGAGCUGCAACAGCAACAACAAGCGCCGCAGCGUCAGCGGCAGCCGAAGCAGCAGCCUCUGCAGCAGCAGUCUCGAGCCCACAGAUCGGUGCUUAUUCCUGCGCUGCAGCAGCAACCAAGGGGCCCUGUGGGGCCCCACAGAACUGCUUCUGUGUCAGUGACAUUUGCCAUUCCUGCACAGAGUCAAGCAGCUAAGAGUAAGCUUCUGCUGCCUCCACGGGGCCCCCCACAGGCCAACUCCAGGGGGAGGGGCCCCAAAGAGGGGGCCCCCAAAGAGGGGGCCCCCAAAGGGGGGGCCCCCAGAGAGGGAAAGCCCACAGGGGCAGCAGCUGGCAACAGCAGCACGCGUAUAGGCAGCGGCGUGCCCGUAAGUGGGGGGUGGACAGCAGCAAAUGGACUUUGA